CCUCAAACACACCGACUUACCAACUGGUGGAGGCGGCCUGCGUGCAAAGCAAUACACAAUUGUACCAAUUUGCUACAAAAACACUGCAUUUACAGCUACAUGAGGAUAUUCUAGUCGAACGGAACAUUCAUUUAUGACAUGAACAACCUAAUGCGUAGAGCACAGCAAGUACAAUAUUGGCGUAAAUAUUGCAUAAAACAAUGCGCAACGAAAACAGCGACUGGAUCCGAAUUUGGGGCUAUUCCAGCAUCCAACACCAGGCCCAACUAUGACGAUUUCAUUGGCAAGCGCCAGCAGCAGGCACAGCGCAGCAUUCUCGUUCAAGUGAGCUCUGAGAAAUCUUACCCAGAAUUGUAUAACUACUGCAGCAGUUUCGGGAGCAUCAUCAACGCCCAACAUUACUGCGUACGACAUGACGAUGACCUACACUAUAUUCUGCUGGAGUAUGCGAGUGCCGGAGAGGCUUCAGCUGCCAUCGAUGCAGGCGCCUACAGUGCCGAGCUGAGCGGCGUGCCAGUGCGUUCUCCAUUUUUGUGGUUCAGAGCUGCAGCAGCAGGAGGGAAACGAAGCGCUAAGUUGGCUGCAGCUUCGGCCACGUCGCAGCCACUACUUCCACUGGACGGCACUAGGCAGCUGGAUAGUGGGCUUUUGCAUUCAUUGCUGCGUGGCGCUGGAAAUAUUGAGGAGCAGGUCUUGUUGUUGCAUAAGCACACCCAGCUGAACGAUCUGGGCGUGCGUAUGCGUUUUCUGGCCGCACUGCAGGUACAACAGGCCGUCUCCGGCAUGUUUCCCGAAGCGCAGGCGCAACCCUUUGGGUCUUCAGUGAAUGGCUUUGGGAAAAUGGGCUGUGAUUUGGAUUUAAUUUUGCGUUUCGACCGCGAGCCCAUCCCGAGUAAUGCGCCUGCGGGAGAACCCUCGCGUCUUAUUUACCACACCAAGGAAAAUCUAAGCAAUGGUCGCUCGCAGACGCAACGCCAAAUGGAGUGCAUUGGAGACAUGUUGCAUUUGUUUUUGCCUGGCGUCUGCCAUGUGCGUCGCAUCCUGCAAGCCCGUGUCCCUAUCAUCAAGUAUCAUCAUGACCAUUUGGAUCUGGAGGUAGAUCUCUCGAUGAGUAAUCUCACCGGCUUCUACAUGUCCGAGCUGCUUUACAUGUUUGGGGAGCUGGAUCCCCGUGUCCGUCCCCUCACCUUCAGUAUACGUAGAUGGGCGCAGGCCAGUGGCCUCACAAAUCCAUCUCCAGGUCGUUGGAUCAGCAACUUUUCGCUCACAUGCUUGGUCAUGUAUUUUCUGCAGCAGCUUCGCCAGCCCAUACUGCCCGGAAUCAACGCGCUGGUGAAGUGCGCCAGCGCCGAGGACGUGCGCAUAACAGAAGAUGGCAUUAACUGCACCUUCGGACGGAACUUUGAACAGAUUGGCUUCCGGAGUCGCAAUACGAGCAACCUCAGUGAACUGCUGUUGCAGUUCUUCGAGUUCUACUCGCAAUUUGACUUCCACAAUCGUGCCAUCUCCCUAAACGAGGCACGGGCGCUGGCCAAGCCCGAUCACUCGGCGAUGUACAUUGUGAAUCCGUUGGAACAGGUUCUGAAUGUUAGCAAGAACGUGAGUCUGGAGGAGUGCGAGCGGCUUCGCAUCGAGGUACGCAAUGCUGCCUGGUUGCUCGAGUCGGAGGUAGAGAAUACCACGUUGUCCGAGAGUGAACGCCAAGAGACGGCCUGGGGUCUGCUCAAUCUGUUCAAGAAUCCCGAGAAGGCCAUUAUACGGCCGAACAUGUUCUUCAAGCCGCGCAUGGUCGAGGUGAGCGACCUCUUCGACAAAUCCCAGACGAUUGACCCACCCAUCACCUACAAAAACACGACGGUCCGACAGCAGAUCCAAAGCAUCAAGACGGCCACUCGCAACGAGCUGAAGCAGCUACGAUCUUCCACUUCCACCACCACUUCGACGGCGACGACAGCUGCGGCAGUAACAGCAGCGUCAACGUCCAGCAACAAGGGAAAACGGAGCAGAUGAGGGCCAUUGGAGGUCCUUGCUGCCUGUGUGUCUGUAUGUAAAUAAAUUGUAGAGGUGGUUCCGGAUCUAGGAACUUAUUUUUGACUAGCGCCAGCACAUCAAUUUAGUUAUUCCUAAUUGUUGUUCAUAAUUGUUAAGCGUUGCACAUCCGAUUGCAACUUACUUAUGUAGUCUAUAUUUUUAUAAUAGUUAUGUUUAGGUUUGUCACGGCUCUGCAAUAUGUUAGGGAGUUUCUCUAUUUCAAGUAUUGUAAGCUGUAUUUUUCAAAAAAAAAAAGAAAUUAAACCAAAAAAUGCAUUAAUUAAUUAGUUGCUUAAUAUGCACAUGGAAGAUUAAGUGAAAUGGAAAGAAUCGCCUUCUACUCAUUCGUUUUAUAGAAAAGCGACACAGCUAUUAAAAGCUACUUCUAAAACAAAUGGAGCUCAACAUUCUCUUCAAAGCAGUUUUAGAAAUACUUUAUAAUGAGGGAACCUUGAGAAAAAAAUGUUUUUAAUUUGAGAUCAAUUGAGGUGACAAGUUUGAGUUUUAUAAUUUAAAAAACAUCCAUAUUUUCGUUGAGUGCGAAAAAUUAACUUGAGAAACCACACAUUUUUUAAAAAUCC